AUGGAUGAAUUAUUAAGGGAUGCUCUUAACAUGCAUCAAGUUGAUGAAGGGAAUUCGGAUCCUAAUAUCUGUGAAAUUGAUGUAGAAGUGAAUAUUGGGGAUGGAACUUACAAGGGGGUAGAUGACGAGCAACCUUCAGAGGAAGCUGCAAAGUUUUAUAAGUUGCUAACAGAAAUGAAUGAAAACCUUUAUGAGGGAUCAAAGCAUUCUAGAUUAUAUUUUUGCAUUCGCCUGUUUCAUCUGAAAUGCAUGUCUGGAAUGACUGGAAAAGGACUCGAUUUGUUGAUUGAAUUUCUAAAAGAGUUCUUUCCCUUAGCUGCUAUUCCUAGAAGUAGUCAUGAGUCCAAAAAAGUCAUCAAGGAUUUGGGUCUUGGGUAUGAAAAAAUUCAUAGUUGCCCUAAUGACUGCAUGCUGUAUUGGGAGCUUAAUGAACAUCAACAAUCUUGUCAUGUGUGUGGCCGUUCUCGCUGGGUGUCGAAUGAUCCCGAACAUUCUGUGGAUGGUGAUGGUGAUACCGUUCGUAAGAGACAUGCAAAGAGACACCCUGCCGAUGCUCAGGCAUGGAAAUCUUUUGAUGCAAGAUAUCCAGAUUUUGCUUGUGAACCACGAAAUGUUAGGCUUGGGCUUUCCUCAGAUGGAUUUAACCCAUUCAAGAUUUUAAGUACUUCUUAUAGUACUUGGCCAGUAGUCUUGAUUCCUUAUAAUUUGCCGCCAUGGAUUGGGAUGAAGCAACCUUCUUUCAUCUUAUCAAUGAUUAUUCCAGGCGACAAAGGUCCUGGAAAUGAUAUCGACAUCUACUUGCAACCUCUCAUUAAAGAGUUAAAGCAAUUGUGGGUCGGUGUUGAGACAUUUGAUGCAUCAGUGAGAAAGAAUUUUCAGCUUAGGGCUGUUUUAUUAUGGACUAUCAAUGAUUUUCCUGCUUACGCAAAUUUAUCAGGUUGGAGCACCAAAGGAAAAUAUGCAUGUCCGUGUUGUGCAGCGCAAACUUCUUCAAGAUGGUUAUCUAAUGGGAAAAAGUUUUGUUUCAUGGCACAUCGACGGUGGUUACAAAAAGAUCAUCCAUACAGAUCACAGAAACAUAUGUUUGAUGGAACAGUUGAGAUGCGUGGAGCUCCUCCGGCUACUUCUGGAUCAGAUAUUUUGUUAAUGUUAAAAGACUUGCAAUUUACAUAUAGAAAAGGGAUGAAGAGUGAUUUGAAGAAAUCAAAAUCUACUUCUUCAUCAGUGAAGAGACGACAUCAAGAGCCCAAUGUUGACAUAGACAAUGAUGCGGAUGAGGUAGAAGAAGAUGAAUCACAUGUGGCAAUACUAUGGAAGAAGCGAUCCAUUUUCUUUGAAUUACCUUAUUGGGAGCAUAAUCUAUUGCGGCACAAUCUUGACCUCAUGCACAUUGAAAAAAAUAUUUGUGAAAAUAUUGUUGGCACAAUUCUUAAUGUGGAUGGGAAAUCUAAAGACAAUUUAAAAAGCAGACUGGAUUUGGUGGAAAUGGGUAUUCGUCGAGAGCUUCAUCCUGAAUAUCUUUCCAAUGGAAAUACAAGACUACCACCGGCAUCCUUUUCCAUGUCCAAUGCUGAAAAAGAUCUCUUUUGUCAUGUACUGAGGAAUAUAAAAGUCCCAGAUGCAUACUCUUCAAAUAUUUCCAAAGCUGUGAAUGAGAAAGAACGAAAACUUCAAGGGUUAAAAUCUCAUGACUAUCAUAUAUUACUACAUGAUUUGUUUCCAAUUGCUUUGCGAUCAUCCAUGUCCAAACAAGUGACUCUUGCCAUUUCAGAACUUUCAAAUAUUUUCAAAAUCCUUUGUGGUAAGGUACUUAAUGUGGAAGCCAUUGACAAGCUUCAGGAUCGAGCAGCAAUAGCUUUAUGCCACUUAGAAAGGAUUUUUCCACCUUCAUUCUUCACUAUAAUGGUGCACCUAGUUAUACAUCUUCCAUUGGAGGCCAAGCUUGGCGGUCCUGUUUAUUACCGAUGGAUGUAUCCAAUCGAACGGUUUUUGCUUAAGUUAAAAAAUUAUGUCCGAAAUAAGAGAUUUCCUGAAGGGUCUAUUGCAGAAGGAUAUUUAGCAGAAGAAUGUGUAACUUUUUGUUCGAGAUAUUUGGUUGAUGUUGAAACUGUAUUUGAUAAACCUGCGAGAAAUCUAAGACAAGUGCAUGAUGAGAGAAUUGGAAGCUGUUAUUUAUUCGAAAGUGGUGGAGAGCCAAUAGGGAAAAUUGAGGUGGUGGAGUUGGAUGAUAGAUCAUGGGCACAAGCACAUCGUUAUGUGCUAUUACACCAUGAAGCUAUUGAACCAUUCCAGAAUGAGUAUAAAAAUAUAUUGAGAGAUCAAAUGCGUGCUCGACGUUCAAAUGCACGGGAUGUUGAUAGGAAAUUUACUGAAACUUUCCAUGAGUGGUUGGGGGAAACUGUUUCUCAACAUAGUGAUGUGGUUGACAAAGUUAGAUUCCUUGCAAAAGGUCCGAACAGGGUUAUAAAAAGGUAUAAAGGCCUCAUCAUUAAUGGAUUUCGAUUUCAUACAAAAUCUCGGGAAAGAUGUAGAAGAACACAAAAUUCUGGAGUUCUUGUUACCUCUUCCACGAUAAGCUAUGCCAGUGCAAGGGAUGCUAAUCCAUUAGAAGGAAAUGUCGACUAUUAUGGGAUAUUGACUGAUAUAAUUGAGUUGGAUUAUUUCAACAAGUUCAAGGUUGUGCUAUUUCGAUGUGAUUGGGCUGAUGUGAAUACUAGCAGGGGAGUCAAGAAUGAUAAAUAUGGGUUCACAAUGGUUAAUUUUUCUCGCACGAUUCACACGGGCGAACACAUUCUGGAUGAGCCAUAUGUGCUUUCAUCUCAAGUGAAGCAAGUUUUUUUAUUCUGA